AUGGACUAUUCCAAGUACACUGAGGGCGCGAAGGCGAGUAAUGCUGAUGCAAAAUCCGAAAGCCCUGCCCUGCUGGCAGCUGCUACAUCUUCCGAUGAGGGGUCGUUCGUCCGGGACUACAAAAACUACAUGCAGCAGCGUGGCAAGAAUGUCUCCGCGGGUUUCGAGAAGUACAUGAAAACCCAUGCUGGGGAGUUCAAGCACUACGUGCAAUCCCGUGGUGCUGAAGCAGCAGGUGACUUCAAUGACUACUUCAAGAACUACAAGAGCUUCUUCCAGAACGAAGGCAAAGAUGCAGCCGGUGAUUUCCAAAAGUUUGUCGACGAGUAUGCUAGCGACUAUGCGAAAUACUUGAAGGAACGAGGCGCCAACGCCGCAACUGACUACAAGAAGUACCAGACACGGUACCAGGCAAACUGCAGGGGCGCUGUUUGUGCUGCCCGAUUGUAG